UGGGACGUGAAUUUAUACCGCUUGCCUUGGCUCUUUGCGGUGCGAGUCUUUGUGUUUGAGAUAUGGCUUGCAGCCAUUUUUUUGCCUGUGCGAACAUGUUGAACAGGUAGCAAGGACGCAGGACGCAGGACAUGUCGGAUGAAUUUGCAGAGCCAGAGCUGUUGGAUCCUUUCUCUGCUGCUGAGAUAGCGGCUCAGUCGGUCCUGGAGCAGGUUCUUCAAGAAGGAGGCAAAUUACUGUAUGACAGCUACAUCGAGCGCAAGUCCUUCUCUUUUGCAGCAAAUGCUGCAUGUGAGGUGCUUGUUGGUGAGAUGAAAAUGUGCUUUGUUCGCCAUGAUAGUGGUGAAGAACGGCUUCCGUCCAAAAAGGGCACGCCGCAAUCUCCACAACCCAAAGCUGAUUUGACUCGACCUCACAGUUCAGAGGCCAGUAUUUACAGUACCAGAGGCCUCAUGGAAAGUGCUCCACGGCCUGGAUCAGCACCCGCCGUUUCCGAGAGGUUCAGCCCAAGUCCGACUGGCAAAGCAGUGGCUGACAGAAGGGAAACGGAAGAAGCUGCUGGUGAACCCGACUCUGGUGUUUCGCCUGACGAGAAACUAGCCCCAAGAGAUGGCUGGCUCCUCGAAAGCGAGCCUCCACGGAGCCGAAUAGACACAUGGGCACGCGCGUGCGUUCCAAUUAGAAAAGUGUUUCGGAAAGCUGAUGACAGAAAAAAUGCCGUCCACGUUCGUCGCUCUGGUUCCCGAGCUUCCAAUGGCUCCGUGUCCGUACCUGGUAGCAGGUCGCCAUCGCGUUUCGGUGUUCACUCCCAUGCCGAGACGUCAGAGGUUCAGAAGCCAUCACGAAAUCAGCAAAUUCCGAUAGUCGACGAACGUGAGGAAGAUGAAGAAGAAGCCUUGUUGCGAGAGCUAAAAGAGCGUGAGGCCCGAAAGCUGAGAGACGAUCAAGUUCGCACUGAACGGAAGGCCGCCGAGGCUGAAGAAGCAAAGUUGGCUCAAAUCAAGGAUGACAAGAAAAAGCAGUACGCCUAUGAUUCCGAUGGGAAUGUCAUUUUGGUCCAGCCUAUGCAAGUGCAUAGACUUCCAAAUCCAAAUCCUGCGCCGACAUUCAUAUGCAAGCAGGAAGAAGUAUCUCAAGAGCAAAAACUGCCUGAGAAGAAACCUGCUCGUCGUGAGAAAGGGCGCAAGAGGGAAAAUUCGGUGGAAUUCAAGGAUGGUUUCAAGAAGUUCCUUUCGCAGCAACCCUCAAUGAUGGAGGCAAUGGUGAUGUCUCCAGGAGUCGAGCUCGAAGAGAAUUACAGGACGAAGAAAGGAGAGAAGGCCAAAAGCAACAAGCCUACAACAAUGUCAAGAAAGGAGUUUGAGGAGAUGACCAAAGGUAGCGGUGUGCCAGAUCAAGCGGCACCCCCUCCUAAAGCACCACCACCGAGAAAGGUGUCGCAUGUGGAAGUUGCGCCUUCACCCAAGGAGGUCCAGGCAUCUACAGAGCAGGAGCCAACAUCACCAGGCCAAAGUGAAGCCAAGGGAUUGCGUUCAGAGGCAGGUGCGGUGAAGGUGCCCAAAGCGCCAGCAGCACCUCGCCCCAUUCAGCCAACGCCGCCUUCUGCACGAGUUGUGAAGCGUGAGCUGGGCGACGUACUCAGUACCAGGGAGCGUCCACGUGUCAAUGCGGGCUCUCGCUUUCCUGGAUGCGCUGCGCAGCCUCCAUUGGGCGCGACUAUGGGCCAUGGUCUCGCUCCAAGUCCACGGAAAUACGAGGAGUACUACUUUCCAAGCGCAGCAACUUCACUCCUUGCCGUGGAAGAGGAAGCUGAAAUAUCUUCUCCAAGAAAGGUUGAGGGCCAGAUCGUCAGCAAGAAUCCGCAGCUGAAGACUCGUCUUUUCGGUUCCAGUAGAAAUAUUUAGCAAGGCCUAAUAAGGUCUGGUUAUGCGUUUCACGAGACUAAGUUUCAUAACUUGUUUCACAGCCUGAGUUUCUCAAGCCAUGUACACAGGUCCCAUAAGGCUUAUUAUGCCAGAAUUUUCAGCCAGAGCUUGGCUGAGCAUUUCAUGAAUCGGCAACGUGACAAAAA